UUGUGUUUAGAGUCUGCACUGCUUCCGACUUCACGCUACCUAAACAAACUUCAGCAUGCUUGCACGUGACAAAUGUAUCUGCACUGAACAAACCACUGUCCUGCCAUGUCGAGCGGCUAUAAGCCCGAUAUCCUGUGGUCUCCCCAUCACGCAGACCGCUAUGUGAUCUGCGACACUGAACUCAGUCUGUAUCGGAUCGGACCUGCAGGAAGCUCGGAGACCAAAGCCGGCGCCCUUCCGCUAUCCGAGGAGACGGCGGCCACGCUGCUGGCCAUCAACUCCGACACCCCGUAUAUGAAAUGUGUGGCCUGGUAUCCCAAACAAGAGCCGGAGUGUUUGCUGGCUGUGGGACAGGCCAACGGACGAGUCGUCCUGACCAGUCUGGGACAGAGCCAUAACUCCAAAUGUAAGGAGCUGGUGGGUAAGAGGUUUUCCCCCGAAGCAGUUCCUGCUGAGAAGGUUCGUCUGUCUGGAGACGUGGACUCUGGGUUGGUGGUGACCAAACCGCUGUAUGAGCUCGGACAGAACGAUGCAUGUCUUUCUCUUUGUUGGCUCCCUCGCGAUCAUCAAAAGUUACUUCUGGCUGGGAUGCAUCGAAAUCUGGCCAUCUUUGACCUGCGCAACACCAGCCAGAAGACGUUUGUGAACACCAAAGCCAUCCAGGGCGUAACGGUGGAUCCUCACUUUCAGGAUCGCGUUGCGUCCUUCUUCGAAGGCCAGGUGGCCAUCUGGGAUUUGCGCAAAUUCGAAAAACCGGUCUUUACUUUGACCGAGCAGUCCAAACCUUUGACUAAAGUGGCAUGGUGUCGCACUCGCAUGGGCCUGCUGGCCACGCUCACGCGGGACAGCAACAUCAUCCGGCUGUACGACAUGCAGCACACGCCCAUGCCGUUCGGCGACGAGGUUGAGCCCACCAUCAUCGAGCGCAGCGUCCAGCCCUGCAGCGAGAGCAUCAUCAGCAGCUUUGCCUGGCAUCCGUCCGCCCAGAACCGCAUGGUGGUGGUGUCGCCCAACCGGGUCAUGAACGACUUCACCGUCUUCGAGCGCAUAUCGCUGGCCUGGAGCUCCACCACGGCGCUGAUGUGGGCGUGCGGGCGGCACCUGUACGAGUGCGCGGAGGACGCCGGUCAGGGGGUGGCCGCUACUGAGAAGGACAUCGCCACUAAGAUGAGGGAGCGAGCGCAGUUGCGUUACGGCCAUGACACCAUGCAGGUGUGGAGGAACCACAUGCUGGCCGGAGGAGACGACCCGCAGCUGAGGUCGCUCUGGUACACGCUCCAUUUUAUGAAACAGUACACUGAAAAUGUGGAGCAGAAGCAACAGAGCAAUAAACAGUCGCUCAUCUACUCAGGCAUCAAAAACAUCGUCAAGUCCAGCUCUGGCACUACAGAGACACGGCACUGCUGGUCGGGUUCAGACAGGCAGACCGAUGUACCGCGGUACCACAGCGAGGAGCGCAGUCUGGCUCUGCAGCUGUGUGGUUGGAUCAGUCGAGGGCCUGACAUCGAUGUGGAGCCCUUCCUGAAGUCUCUGGAGCAGGAGGGCGAGCGGGAGAGAGCCGCUGCUGUCGCUCUCUUUAACCUGGACAUCCGACGGGCCAUUCAGAUUCUUAACAAAGGAGCUUCAGCAGAGAAAGGUGAUCUGAACCUGACCGUGGUGGCCAUGGCUCUGUCAGGCUACACUGAUGAGAAAAACUCCCUGUGGAGAGAGAUGUGCAGCUCUCUCAGACUCCAGCUGAAGAAGCCGUACCUGUGUAUCAUGUUUGCCUUCCUCACCAGUGAACCUGGCGCCUAUGAUGCCGUCUUGUAUGAGAGUCGUGUGGCUGUCAGGGACCGGGUGGCAUUUGCAUGUAUGUUUCUAAAUGACGCUCAGUUGCCUCGUUACAUAGACAAGCUGACCAAUGAGAUGAAGGAGGCUGGUAAUCUGGAGGGCAUCCUGCUGACAGGACUGACGAAAGACGGAGUGGAUCUCAUGGAGAGUUAUGUAGACCGAACCGGAGACGUGCAGACGGCCAGUUUCUGCAUGCUCAAAGGCUCCCCAGGAGAGGUGCUGAAGGACCCUCGGGUGCAGUGCUGGAUCGAGAACUAUCGCAACCUGUUGGACGCAUGGAGGUUUUGGCAUAAACGGGCUGAAUUUGACAUUCAUAGGAGCAAAUUGGAUCCCAGCUCAAAACCACUUGCACAGGUGUUUGUGAGCUGUAACUUCUGUGGAAAGUCUAUAUCAUACAGCUGCUCAGCGAUGCCUCAUCAGGGCCGUGGAUUCAGUCAGUACGGGGUCAGCGGUUCACCCACCAAGUCAAAGGUCACCAGUUGCCCUGGCUGUCGUAAACCACUUCCACGCUGUGCCCUCUGCUUAAUGAACAUGGGCACUCCUGUGUCCAGCUGCCCAGGCACAGGAAAAGCUGAUGAGAAAGCCGAUCUCACACGAGACAAAAAACUCGCACAGUUCAAUAACUGGUUCACCUGGUGCCACAACUGCCGGCACGGUGGUCACGCAGGUCACAUGCUCAGCUGGUUUAGAGAUCACAGUGAGUGUCCCGUUUCGGCCUGCACCUGUAAAUGCAUGCAGCUGGACACCACAGGCAACCUGGUGCCUUCUGAUAGUGUAUAAAGGCCUUUCUGACUUAAAUCUCCCACAUUACUACAGUAGUCAACAUGUGAAGUGGAUCAUAACCUUUCAUCAAAGUUGUCCUAAAACCUAAAACCAAA